AUGGUGGAGAGUAACUCUGAUAUGAAAAAACUUGCUGACAAAGAUGGCCAUUUCCGUCGCAAGGAUUCCGUGUUUCGCUCGUUCAUCUCUCGGUCUCCGUCCGCAGAGUUCCCGGCCGAGGCAAACCGCUACGUGCUGUACAUCAAUCUUGGCUGUCCCUGGGCGCAUCGAACGAAUAUCGUCCGAUCUUUAAAGGGUCUUGAGGAUAUAAUCCAGCUAGUCAAGGUCGGACAUGGCCUUGGUCCAAUACUAUGGGAGUUUAACGGAACGGAUGGCUCGGACGAAAAAGAACCGCUGUACGGAUUUAACUACCUUAAGGACCUCUACCUGAAAGUAGACCCGGAAUACGAAGGAAGGUACACCGUGCCGCUGCUAUGGGAUAAGAAGACGGAGAAAAUUGUCAGCAAUGAAAGCAGUGAGAUUAUUCGCAUGUUCUAUACCGAGUUCGAUGAUCUGCUGCCGGCAGAACUGCGCGAAGACGGACCACGCGGUCUGUACCCAGAACACCUGCGCGGAGAAAUCGAUGCUAUGAAUGAGUGGGUUUAUCACCAGAUCAACAACGGAGUUUAUAAAUCUGGUUUUGCAACAUCACAAGAAGCCUACGAUGCCAAUGUGUACACCUUGUUUGAAGGGCUAGAUCGGGUUGAGAAGCACCUAGGCGAGCCUGGCCAUCAGCCGUACUUGUUUGGGGAUCACAUCACUGAAGCAGACAUCCGACUCUACACCACUACUAUACGCUUUGACGUCGCCUACUACUCGAUUUUCAAGUGCAAUAUUAAGAUGAUCCGCCACGAUUAUCCGCGCAUUCAUCGGUGGUUGCGGUUACUGUACUGGGACGAGUCCGAGAGGACUAGAGGAGGGGCGUUUAAGAAGACGUCGACAUUAGAUUUAUAUAAGAGGGGGUAUGCCGCGUCCGUGGGCAAAGUGCAUGGCUUUCCGUUGGAGAAGCUGGUUCUGCCGGCUGGGCCGCUGCCAGCAAUCCUGCCUUUUGAUGCAUAA